UAGAUAAGGUCACGGGGCUGGGGCUACGUAAAUUGCCUCUGACCAUUUUCUGCGUUCAUUGAAGCAUUUGGUCCGUUGCGACACAUGCUAUCAACACAACGUGCCCCUCAAGCUGUUUCCACGCUUCCCUGAUUUUCAGUCUCUCGACGCGCUGCAUACUUCGCUGAUUUUGCCGACGCUUCGGUCACACAAUCUCUCAACCCUUCGAACACGGCGCGUAGCUCCGAUACGGGACCGCGAUUGACCGAUCGAUUGACCGACCACACGAUGCCCGCCUUCCAGCCGCCGGAGGUGACUUGCGAGAAGGACAAGGCUUGGAUCAAAAGAGCUAAAUUCCCAUUCCGCAAACCGACACCGCUCUGGAAUAAAUACUGGCAUCGAUAUAAUACCAUCACCAUCCCGCUACGAGACGAAGAUGCCUAUUUUGCCGACGUCAGUGCCGCCGCGAAGCUCGCCCAGAGUCGUGAGCACCUUGAAGAACUCCUGGACGUUCAAUGUGAAGAACGCCGGCGGGAGUACGAUACGUUAAUCCUCGAUAUUGCAGUCGCAUGCAUCCAGAAUACAUCACUCUCAAAGACUCCUCACCAUGCGGCCCUCAAAGCUAGCCAAACGGGUAGCCUUGACAGUCUUCUGCAAGUCCUAUGUGGUGUGGUGUUCGGCUGGAAGGAUGGCGACAAAGAGAACAGGGUGCCACGGAUCGACGACGCAGAUGAGACUGAAUACUGCAUCGAUGGAAAGGGCGAUCUCCGGAGCAAAUACAACACCCCUGAGAUUUCGUCAGAGCUUGCGCAUGACCCAUUUGAGUACGACAACACGAUAGCUUCCGGCCUUUACUCACCUCGGGGAUGGGAAGACUGGAAUGAGGAUGAAGAAAACUUGUGGAAUGAUCCCUCUUGGAAGGUGUCCGACUGUCCUACAUCGGAGACGAAUCUAUCGCCACCAGGUGUAGAUGAAGUCGUGGUAGCCGAAAGAGGUGACAGCGAUCAGGCGUUUUGUGAGCACCCACCAAAGCAAUUGGACGGCAUUCUCAAAGUCACACUACCAACAGACCAAAUCUCGCCGCUCCCGUCGCCAUAUCUGUCGUUGAUAGACACGUCUGUCGGCUUGUCACCACAUUCACGACAAACAUCAAGCCCUGAUCCGCCAUCCACUUGUGACCAGAAACUGUCCGCAUCUACAAGUGCCCGCACGAUUGACGAGUGGCAAUCGCCUCCAAAGCCGAGAUUCCCUACUAAUAGAGCAGAUUCCGUGUCCAAGAACGAAGGUAAAAAAAGGAAGCUGCAGGAUGAUGAUCACCACAACGAUAAUGGACAGAAGCGCCAGAAGCAAAAGGGAUAGCAUCAGCCAGUUUUGUAUCAGAUGUGUUGAUGAUAGGCGUAUAUGCUCUCCAUACUCGUGGCCUGGAAAGCUUUUUGCAGGGGAGGGGGUAGGCUCAGGUCUGAUGUUAUCACCAUACCUAUAUAGAACGCCUUUCUUCGUCUGACUGCGAUGAAAGGCGCAUGUAAUGGUACAAGGGAAAUAUAUUGUAAUCCUCAAAUAUUGGCACAACAUCUGCUAGUCGGAGUUGCAUGAAAGAAGCGGCAGCUCCGGGUACAUUGGCAAUUAGAUCGGCUG